UACUUAGGGGUCCACAUGGUGCAAGGAGAUGUUGUGAAACUCUUGCACCUGACAGGAUUACUCAUCACUAUCUACAGGUUGUUGCACAGCUCUGUCCUUCGUAAAGGUGGCAGAAAAAGACAUCAGUUGAAUUUAUCAGCAGAAAAAGCGCAGCUUCCUAUUACCAUGGAUAAACAGCCCGCGGUGGUGUUUCGAAAUGUGGGGCAACUGUAUUUCCCCCAAACCAGAGUGGAGUGCCACUACAGUCUGACCCCUGACCACCAGUGGGACAGCAGUGACUGGAUAGGGAUUUUUGAGGUGGGCUGGUCUUCAGUGAACGAGUAUUACACAUACACAUGGGCUCUUGUUCCUGAAGGCUACACUGAAGGCACCGGUGUCAACUGCUGUGUGCAUUUCCAGGCAUUCUUCCUGCCCCGCCCCAGUACUGUAGAGUAUGAGUUUGUAUACGUGGAUAAGAUGGGAGAGGUUUGCGCCCGUAGUCGUCCCUUCACCUUCUGCGAGCCCAAGCCGCUGGAUGAGCUGGAGACUCUUAAAGAGGAACAAGAUGAGGAGGACGGAGAGGAGGAGCUGCUCCUCGUCAUUCCCAGGGCUCAGCUGCUGCAGAGUCGUCUGGAGGAAUGCUUAAAACAACAGGCAGACAUACAGCAGGCUCUGGAUGUGACAAAAAAGGAGAGGGAGGACGAGAGCGAGAACAGCAAGAAAACAAGGAUGGAGUGGGAGCGCGAAAGAGAAGCGAUGAGGGAGGAGAUCUCAGAGCUCAGAGACAACAUGAGGCAAAACUACGAGACGCUGAAGAAGAUGGAGGGGAAGCACAAGGUACAGACAGGUCAUGCCUCCGGGUUUGUUGGGGAUGUGAAAUAUAAUCAGGAAAGUCUAACCUCUGAACUAAGUAAACAUUUGGCUGAAAAAGAGGAGAGUCAGCAGCGAAUCAAAGACCUGGAGGAGGACAUCAAGGUCCUGAAUGACAGGAAGAAAGAGGGAGACGUGGAAGUGGAAAGGCUGAAGGAGAGAGUGAAGAAAAUGUCCGGUCAAAUGAAACACGAUGAAGAAAAGAGAAAAACUCUGCAGGCGGAGAACGAGGCUGCUCUGGUGGAGAUGCAAGGCCUACGGGAGCGCCUGGAGGCCAGUGAGCAUACCGCUGAGAGCCUUCACAGGGAGCUAAGGGAGCUGGGCACCCGUCAGGGCCAUGCCCACACCGAGCUGCACCAAGCCCGACUUCAAGUGGCCCAGCUCACCCUGCAGCUGUCCGAGGAGAACCUGCUCCUCAGGGAGGAGCGUGCCAACUGGGCCCUGGAAAGAGAAACAUACAAACAUGCAGCAGAAACCGAUAAAAAGAAAUUACAAGAACUGAGCUGUGAGGUGCAGAGGAAGGAGGAGUGGCUCCAGGAGGAGAGGAUGGAGAGGGAGAACCUAGAAGUCGAGCUCGGGUGUGAGAGAGAUCGCAAUCGAGUGCUGCUGAGUGAUACUAAGAAAGAGCUGCAGGAGCUGAAGGCCAGUCUGAGGACGGCUCAGAAGGAGAGAGAGGAGCAGCAGAGGGACAAAAAGCAGGAUCUGGUGACCUACAUAUAUCAGUUAGAGCAGAGGUUGGGGAUUGUGCCAGAAACCAAAUCAAAUGGAGAAAUCCCCACACGUGUCUCUCGUGGAUCUUCCUUUGAGGAUGACGAGGAUGCUGCCUCAGCUUCCCCCAGAUCGAUCUGUUCACCUCUUUUCUUCUCCACUCACCUGGAACGGCUCGACAGAGGCGAGAUCCCCGCCGAGACACACAUCCAGAGCAAAGAUGACGAACAGGCCUCAGACACACAGGUGGCUGACUCCCCCAUGUGGUAACACAAAGACGGAUGGUGGGUGGAAAGUUGCUUGUUUACCAUUGCAAUGCAAGUUCAUGUGGGUCAUAACAAAAACCUAGUCUUAUUUUGUGAUUAUUCCAAUGUUGUUUUGUAGCUGCAGUGUAGAACUUUCACUUUUUUUAAGUCUUUAGCAUCCUGAAUUUUGUUUAUUUGAUCAGCAUAAUAAUUUUUUUUAUUACUGCUUUAAUAAACCUCGGGAUAAAAAUGUGGAUAUGUUUUCCAACUGCUCUGAAAAAAAUUCACACCACUAUUAGCUUGAAUUUAAAACGUUAUAUCUUCUUCUUUUGAUGGCAUAUCAGCCCAUAACCUCUGCAUGUGAGUGUGAAUCCUAAAAUUGUGUCAAAUGCGUGGGCGUGUAUUGCAGACAAGUGUGAAAUGUUCUGCUCCAUCUUGUUGAGUGUAUGGUUGUGUUGGAAGAACAUGAAAAUGUACGUAUACUUUUGUAUUGAUAGUUUGUAGGAAAGAUGGGACUCUUUAAUAAAAUAUGAUAAUAAAUA